GUUCCGCAUCCUCCAUUAUAGCAUAGCGGCUUUGUGUAUCAAACUGAACCGGCAGAAUAUUUGCGACAAAAUCUUGGCAAAAAUGAUGGGCUUUGCGCCUAAAAAGGACGGCGGUCCGAACACAAAAUUCUUCGAGAGUCCGGAAACCCUUACGCAGCUGGACGCGGUGCGCACUUGGCUGCUGAAAAAUUGCAAGAAGCAUGUCCAGACAGAACCACCAUCCAACAAGUCACUCUCGUCAUUGACAAUCCAGCUCAUCCAGUUCCAAGAGGACAACUUGGGGAAGAAUGCUACAAAACCUCCCAUGACCAGAUUGCCUGCAAGGUGCUUUCUUGACUUUAAACCUGGUGGAGCAUUAUGCCACAUUUUAGCUACUGCUUUCAAGUUUAGAACAGAUCAAGGAUGGAGACGAUUUGAUUUCCAGUCACCUUCACGGUUGGAACGCAACAUCGAGCUCUUUGUGAGCAUGGAGAAAGCGUUAAUCCAGAACAAAUGUUUGACACUUCCUGUAGUCUGCCUGAGGCCAGAUCUUGACAAAGCCACUCAGGCCAAGGUUCGGGAAAUUGUAAAGAAACAUCAAGGAACGGUCACUGAGAACGAGGAUCAAGCAACCCACAUCAUCUACCCGUCUUGCGAUCCCCUCGAUGAGGAAUACGCAAGGCCGUUGUUCCACCGAGAUAGGAUGGUGUUGCUCCACUGGUACUACUUUCCUGACAGUUACGACUCAUGGGUUGCUGCAGAACUUCCCAUCGAACCUCCCGAUUCGCCUCAGAGCCGAAAUGGACCAUGGAGGGUCAAUGCAUCUUGGGUCAAUGAGGUAGAAGAGUACAACGAGUGGAUGACAGAAGAGGAUUAUGAGGUUGACGAAAGUGGCAAAAAGAAAGUGCACAAACUCCGACUCUCCGUCGAAGACAUGAUGAAUUUAGGAGAUCCAGAGAGGUCAAAGAAGAAACCGAAAAGGAAGAGAUCUCCCUCGCCUCCACCCAAACCCGGGAAAAGGAAGAGUGGACGCGCUCCUGGUGUUGGUGGCAAGAAACACCGCGGCGAGGACGAAGAUGACGAUGCCAGCAAGGAUGCUGAAGAAAGUUCUCAAGAUCACAGCAUUAUUCAGGAAGUUAAUCUGAAGCCAGGCUCUGCUUCCAAUUCCAAUUCCAACCCGUCAAAUGCCUCGCGUUCAAAGGAUUCCGAGAUGCAGCCCAUCAAAGGUGGAGUUGUUCUUGAUUUAGACGAAGAUGCUGAAAAAGGUGAAGACUCUCAAACUGGAAGAGGUGUGGAAAAUCAAGAUGCUGCUAAAGAUGAUGGCCAAGAGGACAACGUAACGGAGCAAACUCAUCACAUCGUCAUUCCAAGCUAUGCGGCUUGGUUUGACUAUAACGCAAUUCACACUGUUGAACGCAGGGCCAUGCCUGAAUUUUUCAAUGGCAAGAACCGUUCAAAGACCCCAGAAAUCUAUCUGGCUUACAGGAACUUCAUGGUUGACACGUAUCGUCUGAAUCCGACAGAAUAUCUCACAAGCACAGCUUGCAGGAGGAACUUGGCUGGAGAUGUGUGCGCCAUUAUGCGUGUGCAUGCAUUCCUUGAACAGUGGGGACUAGUUAAUUAUCAAGUUGAUGCUGAAUGUCGUCCCACACCAAUGGGUCCGCCACCAACAUCUCACUUCCAUGUAUUGGCUGAUACACCCAGCGGCUUGGCUCCAGUCAAUCCUCCAAAAACACCCCAGCCGUCUGCUGCCAAAACUUUGUUGGACUUGGACAAGAAGGAUCCAAAGAUUAAAACUGAAGGAGAAGCAGAAGCUAUUGGGGCAAACUUUGGUCUCAAACUUGACCAGUAUACCAAGAAACCUGCAGCCAUGAGGAAUAAAACUGCUGCAAACAUGGCCAGAGAAUGGACUGAACAGGAAACGUUGCUUUUGCUUGAGGGUCUGGAACUUUACAAAGAUGACUGGAACAAGGUUUGUGAGCACGUUGGCAGUCGCACUCAAGACGAGUGCAUUUUGCAUUUCCUGCGCCUCCCCAUAGAGGAUCCUUACCUGGAGAGUGUUGAGGACAAUGGGUGGCUGGGUCCACUUGCUUUCCAACCAAUUCCAUUCAGCCAAGCUGGGAACCCAAUUAUGUCAACAGUUGCAUUCUUGGCAUCUGUUGUUGACCCAAGGAUUGCUUCAAGUGCAGCCAAAGCUGCUAUGCAAGAAUUUUCUAAUAUCCGCGACGAGGUUCCGUCUGCUCUGCUUGACGCCCAUCUUCAGAGAGUUGCAGCCUCUGGCAAAGAGGGUGCCUUUGACCCGAGUGCAGGUCUUCUUCAGAGCGGAAUAGCUGGAACUGCUGCCCCUGGUGAUGAAAAGGUCGAGGGCGAUGAAAAGAAAGAAGAAGAAAAGGAGGGCGAAGAGAAGGAUAAGAUCGAAGAUAAGGAAAGUAUCGAAAAGAAAGAGGAUGAGAAAAAGGAUGAGUCCAUGGAGGUGGACAAGGAAGAAAAACCAAAAGAGGACGAGGAAGAGCCCAAAGAGAGUGAAGAUAUGGAUGCUGAGUCAAAGGAGGCAGAGGAGGAGAUUAAAGAAAAAGACCCUGCCGUCGUUGCCAAGGAACGGAUUAUUAAGGAUGCUCAGCUUCAAUCCGCUGCAGCUGCUGCCUUGGCUGCUGCAGCAGUGAAAGCAAAGCAUUUGGCUGCAGUUGAAGAGCGGAAAAUCAAGUCUCUUGUGGCUUUGCUAGUUGAAACGCAAAUGAAGAAGCUUGAAAUUAAGCUGAGACACUUCGAGGAGCUUGAAACCACCAUGGAAAGGGAACGUGAAGGGCUCGAGUAUCAAAGACAGCAACUCAUUGCAGAACGACAGCAGUUUCACCUCGAGCAGUUGAAAGCAGCUGAAUUCCGUGCCCGACAACAAGCCCAUCAACGAGCUGCUGCUGAACAGCACCUCUGGGCGCAGCAGCAAGCCCAACCCCCUCCAGCAGGGCCUACUGCAACUGCUCAGGCCGCACAAGACACACCAGGAUCGCCUCAAGCUGUUGCAGUUGUGCCAGGAGCCCCAAUGCCUCCUGCGAGUCUGCCUCCGCCAGUUAUCCAAGCUACUCAUUCUCCAGCAGGAGGUCUGCCUCCGUCAUCUGCUCAGGUGGCUCCUUUGCCCAGUGUAGGUGCAAUUGUGCCAGGAGGCUCACCACCUCAAGCACAAGCUCAGUCAGUUGCUGUUGUUUCGCCUGCUGACGCUUAGAUCUGUACUGGUGACCAAAUUUUUAGUUCUAUCAGUUCUUGCUAAUUCUGUAUAAAUUCAUGAUUUAUUUGUAGGAUGAUGGGUCUUAAUGUAUAAUUCAUUAUUUUAACAAGCCUGGAGUGGGUGCUCAGGCCCAACCCCGGUGGGCCGCGGCUCAAUAUAAUAUUAGUCUUAAUGGGGAAAGGAAGACUGCGCCGACAAACUGGGCCGUGCUUUCUCAAUGAUAUCGCCCUAUGGGCCGCGGAGCCCCUAUCCGGCCUUGAUAUUUAAUCACGCUUAAGGUAGCACGAUAAAUUUGCUACUUUAAUGUUUUCUUAGCUAAAAAUCUUCAUUUUGAUUUUGUAAGUGAUUAUUCUGUAUGUUUCAAUUUUAUUGAAUAAAAGCACAGAAGUAAUCAGCAAAAUAACUACCCACAAUGCUUUGCAGAAUAAAUUAAUUGUGUAAACAUUAUUCAACUGUAGUGAGUUAAUUUUUCAUCAGCCCGAGAGGUUAUGUAAAAUCACACUUAUAUUAAAGCAAAGUUACUAUAGUGUG